AGAAGUCUGGCAGUUUGUGUGUAUACGUGCAUGCGUGUUUGUGUGUGCGCGUGUAUGUUAUGCACAUGUGUGAGUAUGAGAUACUGACUCUGUGGGACUGAUGGGUAAAACUUGACCAAGACAAGUUGUUUGGGAGCGAUAACUGCAAGAGUUCAUAGUACUGUUUGUUGUUGGGCGGUUGACAUGAACUGCAGUGCUAAGAGUGCAAUAGGAGACUCUUACACUCAGUACAUAGUAGUACCAGUAGCGCUCUACACUUAGGAGGACAGAUGAAGACUGAGUGAUCUGUGUAUUUCUCUCCCGUAGGAGCUGCAAGGACGUAGGGGGUUCUUGUACAUUUUAAAGGGAUUUUACCAGUUUUUAAGCAACGUUUUUAUUGUGGUCAGUAUGGGACUGCCUGCUUUGGAAUUUAGUGACUGCUAUUUGGAUGGCCCGCAAUUCAGAGAGAGACUAAGGUCGCAUGAAAAUGAAUUGGAUAAAACCAACAAGUUCAUUAAGGAGCUACUUAAGGACGGAAAGUCACUCAUCAUUGCGCUUAAAACUCUAUCUUCAGCACAGAGGAAGUUUGCCCAAUCUCUCAGUGACUUUAAGUUCCAGUGUAUAGGAGACACAGAAACAGAUGAUGAAAUGUGUAUAGCAAAAUCUCUUCAGGAGUUUGCAACUGUUCUUAACAACCUUGAAGAUGAAAGAGAGCGAAUGAUUGAAAAUGCUGGAGAAGUGCUGAUUACACCACUGGAGAAAUUUCGCAAGGAGCAGGUUGGAGCCGCAAAGGAUGCAAAAAAGAAGUAUGACAAAGUCAAUGAGAAAUACUACAGCAUGCUGGACAAACACAUGAACUUGUCUUCUAAAAAGAAAGAGGCUCAGCUUCAUGAGGCUGAUUCUCAGCUGGACCAGGUCCGACAGCAUUUUUAUGAGGUUUCACUGGAGUACGUCUACAAGGUCCAGGAAGUGCAAGAGAGGAAGAUGUUUGACUUUGUUGAACCUUUGCUGGCAUUCCUACAAGGUCUCUUCACAUUUUAUCAUCAUGGGUAUGAGCUGGCUACAGACUUCAGUGGCUUCAAAAGGGACCUUUCAAUCAGCAUUCAGAAUACCAGGACUCGGUUUGAGGGCACAAGGUCAGAGGUGGAAUGCUUAAUGGAGAAAAUGAAAGAGAAUCCUGAUGAACACAAAAGUAUCAGUUCAUUUACUAUGGAGGGUUACCUUUAUGUGCAGGAGAAACGUCCUUUUGGAUCUGCCUGGAUCAAACAUUACUGUACAUAUAUGAGAGACACAAGACUGUUCUCAAUGGCACUUUAUGAUCAGAAGUCUGGGAUAAAACAGGUGGAUGAGGUUUUCACCCUUAAAUCUUGCAUAAGACGGAAAACUGACUCUAUAGAGAAGCGAUUCUGUUUUGAUGUUGAAGCUGAUGACAGGAAUGGAAUUAUAACAAUGCAGGCACUAUCAGAAGAGGAAAGAAGGUUAUGGCUGGAGGCCAUGGAUGGAAAAGAACCGGUGUAUGUGAAUAAGGACAAUCAAACUGAAGGCAGUGCUCAACUGGACAACAUUGGCUUUAACAUCAUAAAGAAAUGCAUCCAUGCUGUUGAAACAAGAGGAAUCAACGAACAGGGACUGUACAGAAUUGUUGGUGUGAAUUCUAAAGUUCAGAAACUGCUAAAUCUAAUUAUGGAUCCUAAAACAAGCAAUGAAGUUGACUUGGACAAUUCAGGGGACUGGGAGAUAAAGACAAUUACUAGUGCUCUAAAAAACUAUCUAAGAAUGCUUCCUGCCCCUCUUAUGACAUAUCAGUUUCAACGAAACUUCAUCAAAGCAGCCAAACUGGACAAUCAGGAAUCUCGGAUUGCUGAUAUCCAUUUGGUGAUUCACAAGAUUCCAGAGAAAAAUAGGCAGAUGUUACAUCUACUUAUGCAGCACUUGGCAAAUGUCGCCCAGCACCAUCAACAAAACCUAAUGACAGUUGCUAACCUGGGUGUGGUAUUUGGACCAACAUUGCUGAGACCGCAGGAGGAGACUGUAGCUGCCAUUAUGGAUAUCAAGUUUCAAAAUAUUGUUGUUGAGAUUUUAAUAGAAAAUCAUGAAAAGAUAUUUAAUACUGCACCAGCAGUAAAUUUCCAGCAGAAAACUACUCGGACAAGCAGCAUAGACAAACCUCCUUCGUGUAGUGAGAGACCACUCACUCUUUUCCAUACUACAUCUUCAAAUGAGAAAACUGAGGAACGGGAUGGUAUGCUGAAUUCCAGUGCUGAGUCUCUUGCAUUUUCUAACAUAAAUAACAGCAGCUGCAACAACACACCUCGAAAAAGCUUUAACUUCGAUGAACUACCCUCAGAAUGUAAAGCCAACAGGCCCACCUCACUUCCAUUGUCCUCCGGUCCUGUCUCACCAUCAUCUCCUUCAUGGCCCAUGGUUUCUGCUCCUUCCAGUCCUCUGCCUGCUUCAUCAACAUCAAGUGAUUCCUCUCCAGGCAGUGUGACAGGCCGAAAAGCAAGAGCCUUGUAUGCAUGCAAAGCUGAACAUGACUCAGAGCUUUCCUUCAGUACUGGUGCCAUAUUUGAAAAUGUUCAUCCAUCUCAGGAACCUGGCUGGCUGGAAGGAAGCUUGGAUGGAAAAACAGGGCUAAUUCCUGAAAACUAUGUGGACUUUCUAUAGCCAAGGACAGCAACAGUCACUGCUGUCCCUUCAAGGUCAUGGUAUCCAUGACAGCAAUCAAUCAAUAGAGAGAGUUGUGCCGUACCACUGUGAGCUGUUGGAGAAACAAAGCAGUUAGAGUACCUGUGAAAAUGAUGUAUAUUUCUUGGAUUUAUAUGUUUGUUUGUAUAUAUUCACAGUGCAAAGAUACUGCAGAAAUAUCAGCUCAUAGUAGUUUACUUUAGAUGGCUAGCAGUUUAUUUCUGUUUUAUUAGUUGCCAGUAUUGAGAGUAGCAGAGGCAGGUUCUAAGUGAAAGCAGAAAAAAACACACUGAAAACAAGUGCUCUGGUUUAGACAAAUGAUUGAUGGGUAGUAAGGUGGUGAUUAAUUGCUGUGUUUCUAUAAAGAAAUGAAAGCUACUCAAGGGUGGGUUGCCUUGAAUUUUAAUGGCUUUGUUGUGUAUUUCCACUUUAGUUCAUGUUGAGAAGGAUAACUUUAUAUGGUUGCACUUCCAAACUGCUUUUUAUCCCUUGAGCAUUGCAGCUUUUAAAGGGAUUUGCAGUGAAUAGCAGUUUCAUGCUUUUCUGAAUAGAGUCAGCAUGAGUUAAUUGGUUUUCUGUGUUCAUGAACACUCCAUACUAAUUAAUUAUCAGUUAUUCCCUUCCAACUUCAAUAUUUGAGUCAUAAAGUUGAACACAGGAGAGUUCCAGCUUGUUUAUUAGAAUCUCUGAGAAAGCUAAACUUUUUUAAGUUUUGUAAAGUAUCAGACUUCUUUUUUGGAAUUACUACGAUUGCAGUUACUUUAGUCGUUUUCCAAAACUGAAAGCAUUGUUUUUAUGAGUGGCACUGAACAGUACCAGUGAACAAUCUGAUUAGUUACAUAAAUGAAAGGGAAGUGCCAUUAGAAGUAUUUAGGACCCAAGUUUAUUAGAAGAAUGCAAACUAUCCAAGUAUUAAGCAUUUUUGUGCUUUUUAAUGGGAGCAGUUUUGGAAGGCAAAAAUCCAUGAUUCUUCUCUUUUUUAACUAUCAUUUCUUGUUUUAUGUUUUUAACUACCUGGGUUUGCAGUCUGGAUGUUUGCCAUUACCAGAGAUUCCUGUGGCUCUCAGUCCACUGUACCAUUUACCUAAGGUUUGUCUUCCAGGUUGACUGGUGUAUGUCAGUCUACAUUGUCAGAUGAGAAAGGCCAGGAAUAUUAGAAAAAACAAACAUACAGGGUGCAGUACAGACUGAUAAGGGUCAAACCUCUUGACACCACAAAUGCCACUUGUGUUUAUUUUUCCCUCUGAUGCGACUAAGGUAAGACAUGCAGCAAUGCUGCUGCCAUAUACCUAUCUUUUCAGGUAGUAAGUGUUGUCCCCCCCCCCCUUCCAAACAUCUGCUGGUACUACCCAGCAUCAGAUACAGUCCGCAGCUUCUUAAACAUUAUUUUGGCUGUUGGCUGUCAAUGAGUCAAGUUCAUUUAAGGACCAUUUCACCAGUAGCACAGCUAGAAAUCCAACCCCUGCACCGGAAGGCUGGCUGCCUCUGUUCACUUUUAAAAAUGACUUGUUCAUCGUGAUGUUCACUUUGAGCAAAACAUUGAAGAGACUUUGCAGAACAUUUCCAGAUGGUAAGAAUUUGCCUUUUUAAGAGCCAGUACUAGUAAUAACUAAGUUAAGUGCUGAAAAUGCAUUUUAGCCACUGUUCCUGUUGCAUUUCAAGACACGUGUAUUAAAUUUGAAGUUAUAUUUGCUUUUGAUGUGAGCUGUACAUGUUCAUCCAUUCAUUUUGCUGCGAUUUUGUAAAUGAUGACUGUAAGACUACCAGCAGACAGAAUGUAGCACCAAAAGGAAUGCAGUGUCAAGUGCUUAGCAGAGAGGGAAAGAACAA